AUGAUGGAGCGUCCAAAGACACCACCCUCGGUGUCACGGCCGCCCGCCAAGUCGCCGCUCACGCCGGAGCAGCGCAGGCGCAUCGAAAUAAACCGACUAAAAGCCAAAGCCAUUCGAGACCAGCGAGAAGCCGAGCAGCGAGCGUCGGGCACCGCGCCCGAACUUCCCAAGACGGCCGCCGGCCUCGUUCCGACCGAUGACGUCUACGUCUCCAAGCCGGCCAACGGCAAGCGGCCUCUCGCCGCCACCGCCACGGCAACGACGACCGACACGAGCACGAACCGCGACGGGCGCGACCGCGGCGACGAGUCGACGCUGCAGCCGGCCAAGAAAUUUGCCAAGUUUGUCGACUACAACAUGAGCGCCAUGACGGACACCAAGGGCGGCUUCCUGUCCACCGAGGACGACCCGCACAACCGGGCGCUGGGCAGCGCCCCGAAGCCCGGCGGCGGCGACGACCAGCAGCCGCAGCGGCCCAAGGACAUGACGAUGCAGGAGUGGGAGAAGCUGCAGCUGCUGCGGACGCUGCGCCGGCAAAAGGCGGGCCCGUUUGAGCCGGGCAUCAGCGUGCUGGACGACGCGACGACGCGCAAAAAGUGCCGCGAGUGCGGGAGCCUCGAGGUGGACUGGGUGUGGGAGGAGGUCUUUCACCUCUGCGUGUGCAACAAGUGCAAGAACAACCUGCCCGACAAGUACUCGCUCCUGACCAAGACGGAGUGCAAGGAGGACUAUCUGCUCACCGACCCCGAGCUGCGAGACCCGGAGCUGCUGCCGCAUCUCUCCAAGCCCAACCCGCACAAGUCGCACUGGCACGACAUGAUGCUGUUCCUGCGGUGCCAGGUGGAAGAGUACGCCGUGACGACCAAGUGGGGCUCGUCCGAGGCCCUCGACGCCGAGUACGAGCGGCGCGAGACGCAGAAGAAGGCGCGCAAGGAGCGCCAGUUCCGCGACAAGCUGCUGGACCUCAAGCGCAAGACGCGCACCGACGCGUUCCGCCGCCAGGCCGGCAACCUCGGCAAGAACGGCGCGAGCAAGUUUGGCGAUGCCGUCGCCGGCAACGGCAAGCACGUGCACGAAUGGGGACGGACGGUCGAGAACGAGCACGGCAUGACGGUCAAGACGUGCACGGCGUGCGGGAUGGAGGUGGAGGAGCUGGAGCUGUGA